CCAAAGUGAUCAUUUGGAAAAGAGAUAGCCACAUCUUGAAGCCUAUAUAAAGAAUAGAAGCUGGACGGGGCAGCUUUACACACUUCAGCACCAUCUUCCUUCAGGCAGAAUGAAAAUCCUUGUGGCAUUUCUGGUGGUGCUGACCAUCUUUGGGAUACAGUCUCAUGGAUAUGAGGUUUAUAACAUCAUCAGCCCGAACAACAAUGGUGGCAAUCUUCAAGAGACAGUGACAAUUGACAAUGAAAAAAAUAUCGCCAUUGUUAACAUCCAUGCAGGAUCAUGCUCAUCUACCACAAUUUUUGACUAUAAACAUGGCUACAUUGCAUCCAGGGUGCUCUCCCGAAGAGCCUGCUUCAUCCUGAAGAUGGACCAUCAGAACACCCCUCCUCUGAACAAUCUCCAACGGUACAUCUACGAGAGACAGGCUCUGAACAACAUGUUCUCCAACAAAUACACCUGGGUCAAGUACAACCCUCUGGAGUCUCUGAUCACAGAUGUGGAUUGGUUCCUGUUUGGGUCACCCAUUGAGAAACUCUGCAAACAUAUCCCCUUGUAUAAGGGUGAAGUGGUUGAAAAAACACAUAAUGUUGGUGCUGGAGGUUGUGCAAAGGCUGGGCUCCUGGGCAUCUUGGGAAUUUCAAUCUGUGCAGAUUUUCGUGUUUAGGAUAAUCAGCCCUCUUGUUUUAUCUUUUCAAAGAAAUACAUCCUUGGUUUACACUCAAAAGUCAACUAAAUUCUUUCCCAAUGCCCCAACUUAUUUUGAAAUUCAGUCGGAAAACAUAAAUGUUGUAUUUACAGA